AUGUUUGAUAUUGAUAUCAAUGAGGAGAAUUCUUCUAUUCGAAUCAAACAAACGGAUUCUACAAUAGCAGCUGAAGGACGAUUUGCUGUCGAUCGGGCCGAUCGUAUGGUUUUGAUUGGAAUCAUUCAGACCACAAUUGUACCGGGUGAUGAUGAACAACUUCAAAAUCUUAUUUCAACUCUUCACGACCACUUCGGUAAAACUUACAAUGCACGUGUUGUCGUGCGUUUGCCUACAACAUUCGACAAUGAUAUCGAUAGAAACAAACCAGCAUUGAAGAAUAAUAGUCCGAUAUUUAUGGCAGUGACUACGUCUGAUUUACAAUACGACAAUGAUGAUUUAAUUCAAUACGAUCACGAACAAUAUACAUUAGUGGGAGAGAAGCAAGCGGUUGUAGCGUACGCUAAGCAGAUCAUGAUAAUUAUGACUGUUGAAGCAUUCUGGGCCAAACAUUGGGAUGAACAAGAAGUACACAAUCGAAUCCUUUCGGCGUCAGCUGUGGCUGUGAUUUUUGAUAAGGUGAACAAAGUUCCAGUCGGUUUUGGGAGGAUGUUUAUGAUGCGAAACAAGAAUAACAAUGAGGAACAAACACUUGGCUACUUAUCCGAUAUUGCAGUGACUAUUCAACAUCAGGGCAAAGGUUUGGGCAGAGUUAUAGUCAAUUAUCUUAUCGGUGUCUGCAUCGGUCGAGAUGCCAGUCGACGACACACAAAUGGCUCGCUCUGUCUUGACUGUGCCGAUCGAGGCAGUGGAGCAGUAUCCGGACCGAAAUUAUAUCGAAGUUUAGGUUUCGAACAUCUGGAUAAGAUCGGACAUCGGAUUGCUAUAUUUCUUUCGGAGAAGGAUUAUGUAUGCUGA